AUGGGUGAAGAUAUAUCAGAUGUUGCUGUUAUUUCAAAAAUCAUCAAUAGCUUUCCACCCAAAUUUGCAAUGCUAGUGACUGCAUGGGAUUCAGUUGAUUCCAGUAAACAAACUCUCUCAGAUAUUAUAGCUAGACUUCUGAGAGAGGAGCACAAGUUAUCUGUUUCAGAUAACAAGGAUGACAGUCUGGCUCUCCAAAUUCAAUCCAUGAAAAUACGUCACAAUCCGAAAAAUUCCACUAGAAAACGAAAAAUGCGGAUGUUGCAAGCAGUUAGUGAACAUUCCAAAGAAGUUCUCAUUUGUGAUCUACCAACUGAUAUAGAAGAUUGGGUUGAGAAAGAAGAAAAUGAAGAAGACAUAUGGUUGGCUGAUACUGGCGCAAGUGCACAUAUGUCAUUUAGAAAAGAAUGGUUUCACAACCUGAAAACAGUUUCAGAUGAAAUUUCUGUUCGAAUUGCAGACAUUAAACUCAUUAAAGUGACAGCUGUUGGUGAUAUUAACGUGAAAGCAAAUAUUAAUGGUAUUUGGAAGGACAAGGUAAUCGUAGACGUCCUAUUCAUACCAAAACUGAGGAGAAAUUUGUUAUCUGUCGGAAAAAUAACUGACAAAGAUUUCGUUAUGACUGCUCAAAGAGACAGAUGUGAAUUUUGCAAUGCUGCUGGUGAACUAUUCUGUGUGGGUUUGAGAAGAGGUAAUAGUCUCAAACUUUGGCAUGAAAAAAUGGGGCACGUCAAUCUAAUGUAUGUGCGAGACACAAUAUAUAGUGGUGCAGUUGAAGGGGCAAGUCUUGAAGAUGAAUCUGAUUUCUUUUGUGAAGGUUGCAAGUUUGGAAAGCAAAAUAGAAGAAAUAAGUGGAUAGAGUUUUUCGAACUAAAAGAUAAAGAGAAACAAGACAAAAUAAACAGCAACAGAACAGAAAGGAGGAAAGGGGGCGAAAAAAGAGAGAAAAGGAGCAAGAACAAACAACAAAAAAAUCAAAGAAAUUAA